CCGGGCGUCGCAGGUCCUGACAGGGAAGAAGUUUGCAGGUCCUGGCCGGGGAGAGCGGCAGCGGAGGGGGGGCCGCGCGCGCGUCCGGUCAGCGCCGGUGAUGGAGUCGCAGGUGGCGGCCUCGGGGGCUGCAGGGGCCGCAGCAGAUGCGGGCGAGCGUUCCAGGAUCGGAGGUGCCAGCCAGGGGGUACCCAAGGGGGCCGCCCGGUGGAAGCUCCUGCGACAGGUUCUGAAGCAGAAACAGCUGGAUGACUGUCUGAAACAUGUAUCCGUGAGAAGAUUUGAAUCAUUUAAUCUGUUCUCGGUCACAGAAGUCAAAAAAAGGGAAACUGAGGAAGAGGCUGGUGUGUGGGUCCAGUACAUAAGCGUCCUUUAUCCUGAAUACAGUAUCUCCUUGAGGCAUAAUAGUGGACCUUUGAAUGUUGAAGACAUUCUCACCAGCUUCGACAAUACAGGAAAUGUUUGCAUCUGGCCAUCUGAGGAGGUUUUAGCUUACUACUGCCUCAAGCACAGGAACAUGUUCAGGGACCUUGCUGUGUGUGAGCUCGGGGGUGGCAUGACAUGCUUGGCUGGGCUCAUGGUAGGUCUUUUCUCAAUUCCAAUCCCAUUCAGAGGGAGGAACAAAAGGAAAAAUGUUCCAGGGCCUCCAACUGCUGGGUCAGAGAACCGUCAACAGCAUCAGCUGCGGUCAAGCUGCCGGGUCUUGAGAGACCUUCUAUCAGCUGAUGGCCACUGCAGAAGUUUCCUUAACUCUGCCCCCGCAGAUGUGAACAGCAUCAUCGAAAGCAAUCAGAAGACUGGCGUGUUUAAGGCUCAGAAAGUAUCAAGCUGCGUUUUACGAUGGGAUAAUGAGACAGAUGUCUCUCAACUGGAAGGACAUUUUGACAUUGUUAUGUGCGCUGACUGCCUGUUCCUGGACCAGUACAGAGCCAGCCUUGUUGAUGCAAUAAAGAGAUUACUCCGGCCCACAGGGAAAGCAAUGGUAUUUGCCCCACGCCGAGGGAAUACGUUCGACCAGUUUUGCAAUCUAGCUGAAAAAGCUGGUUUCUCUCUCCAAAGACAUGAAAAUUAUGAUGAACACAUUUCAAACUUCCACUCCAAGUUGAAAAAAGAAAACUCGGACAUAUAUGAAGAAAAUCUCCAUUAUCCCCUUCUGCUUACUUUAACCAAAAUGGGAUAGAAGACAGAGGGCAAAAAAAAUCAGAUGCACGAGGAAUUAUUUUCCCAAGAAGAGAAAUCUGCCACAGGUCCCCUGAGACUCAGGACCCCACCCACUUUUGCACAUUCCACAUCUUGGUCCUGGGACCACACACACACACACACACACACACACACACACACACACACACACACACACCACUGCCCUCACAGUUCCCUCACCUUUUCUUAUAAUCAGCUUGUUGCUCUCUAUACCAAACCUUUGUGUGUUUUUAUGUGCCUGCAGCCAGUCCAGGAUCAGAUCUGGACCUGUUAGCAAUCGAAUUAUUUUCAUCUCUAAAUCAGAAUUCUCUCUUUUGAUGACCCCCCCUUCUUUUUUAAUUGCCUUUGUUCUGUUGAGUAAUGGUAGUCUAGAUCUAUAAAUACAGAAACAUCUUUUCUGCUUAAAUAAAUAAAUAUGUAAACCCCA